CUGGUGUUAAUUUCAUUCCCGUGCAUGCUCGCGCGCGUGUCCCCCGGCCCGCGCUCUGCGUCGUUCGUCCAAGUGCUGCCGCGCGCCGUGAAGGCACCGCGCACCAUCACAUUCGACAAGGCGUUUGCGAUCGCGACGCUCUUCUUCGCCAACAACAUUGCGGUUGCGCCACUCAAGGCGUACCUCAACGAACCGCUCCCGUGGGGCCUUCCGCCGUCCUCCAACCUCACACGCCUCGACCUUGCCGCCAGCUUACCUGUUGUUUACGCCAAUAUCUCGACAGCGUACCAUUUUGACAGCGCGACCUUUACCGAUGUGCUCCUGCGGCAACCAAGUGCGUUUUCGGGGAGCUGCCUCGCGCAUCUCACGGUCCUCGCUGGUGCUCCAUUUUAUGGUGACGGUCUGCGCGCCGCUGUCUGCGCCUACAUCGACGUCAACGCGUCAGCGCCAUUCUCGUUUUGCCAAGAGAUGUACCUCUUCCGGAAGCUCGUCGGCCACGGGUGCGUCUGGACACGGCAGGUCGCGAACCAGACGGUCUUUUACUACGCCACCCGCGCCGUCUUUGAAACGAAUGUUGUCUGGUUCAAGCUCUUUUAUCGCAUAGCUUUGACGCUCUAUGCCAGCGUCCAACUCUGGCGCUGCUACUACCGACAGUACGCGAGUCUCCUGCGCACUUUGCGCAACCGAAGCUCGGCGGUCCACGUUGUGCGCUACCACGUGUUUGUGGGGGACCCUACGGGCGUCGUCUUGUCCGACCCGCUCCUCGUCCUCGCGUUUCUCGUUGAUAUUUUUUUGAGCUCGUACCAAUUGACCGCGUCGAUCUUGCACCUCGGUGAAAUCGACGAUAUUGUGCAGUUUUCUCUCGGGGCAUUUUACUUAUCGCGUUUGGUGUGGGCAGUCUUUUUUGGCAUGCGCUACGGCACAUAUAUCAUCAAGUUUCUGCGGUGCGAGCGUCAUUUCUCGAGCUUGGAUACGACCGCCAUGACGGUGUUGACACUCGGGUUGACGGCUACGAUCAGUCUCAUUGUUGCCCACUCGCCGCUCAUGGGCAUGUACCACUGGAUGAACGCCCUCGGCCUCGUGGAAGAAACGGCGCCCGUAGCGAUCGAAAUUGCGGCGUCAGCGAUCGCGCUCGCAGUCUGUACAGCAGCAACUCCGCUCCAUUUGGCGCUCGCCCUCGCCUUCUGUCGACGCCACCGCGGCAAACGAACGUUCUCGUUUCGACGUAACCAAAACGUCAAGCAGCGUGUGCUCUUUACGUGCCAUCGCGAUCAUGUGGUCGAGCACGAAGGAGGAAGUCUCUACCGCCUCUUCAAGCUCAACCCGCGCUACCGUCGCUUGCCGCUUGUAGGUCUCGAGGGCGCCGACUGCUUUGUCGACGGCUACGAUAGCACGGGCACUGUCGUCUUGCGCCUGCGCUUGAGCUUGAUGGACGUGGCGCUCGACCAACGCGUGAGCGGAGACGCUGUGAAGCUCGAUCACCAUAGCGGCGAAGAUGACUUUUGCACGUUGUCGAACGCGCCGACGGGCAAGGCGAGCACGACGCCGACCCCUUCGUCGUCCCCAUGGUUGUUAUAGCACCGAAUAAGCUAGUAGAGUUGUGCAAAGC